AUGGCAGACCCCAAAUAUGCUAAUCUUCCGGGGAUUGAUGUAAACUCCCCGGAUGUAUAUGAAUCCACUGACCUGCCUGAAGAUGAGCAGAAUGUGCCAGUGACAGAACCAGAAGAGAUACAGAAUGAAAGUGUGGAGCGCACAUCAAUCAAUACAGAUGCUGCUUUUAAAGCUUUCAAAGGGAAGUCAUUGGCUUUAGGGAAAACAGAUUUUUCAGACAGUGUUGGAAAGUCAAGGACUAUUGGUUACUUCGCAGAAAGGACAGAAUAUGAACUUACAGAGAGUGGCAGUAAAGAAGAGACUUUGCAACAAAAGAUCCAACGGCUACAGUUUGAGAUUCGUGAGCUGGCUGAAGAUGUUGGGAAGAUCAAGGAAAAUGUCAGUGAAGCUGGUUCCGACAAGUCCGUCUCACCUGUCAGUAUUGGGAAGCAGCUUGAGUACCUCCAGCAUCAGCUUGCAGACCUUCACCUGGAGAAACUGCUGGGCCCUGAAGCCACGCUGGACUUAGCUGAUCCUCAGGGAGCACUUCAGAAGAGGUUGUUGACACAGCUGGAGAGUUUUCAGCCACCUCCUGAAGAGAAACGGAAGGGGAAGGAGGCGAAAGAGGAUGCCAUGGACCAUAUCUUAUAUCAGCUGCAUUAUCGACCAGAACAAGCACAGUUCAGGAAAAAUGCCAGGCUGGCUGCACUGGAAGAAAGACUGGAACGUAUAGAAAAUGCUAUUGGCAAGAACCAUGACAAGAUGAAUGUUCUGACCAUGGAUACAGACAACAAAUCUCUGAUUGGUGCCGUGGCCACUCUAAACUCCAAGCUGUCGCUGCUGGAUGCCUCCAACACAGAAACUGUAGAAGCCAGGCUCAAUGCUGUGCUACAGAAGAUACAGCAGAUUGCUGAGAAGAAGGAGAAAGAACCACAAGUGGACCCAGAUAAACAGAAGAAAAUCUCGGAGCUGUAUGAAGUGGCCAAGAAAUGGGAGACCACGGCAGAGGUCCUGCCUCAGGUGGUGGACCGGCUGUUGUCUCUGAAGGAGUUGCAUGAACAAGCCCUACAGUUUAGCCAGGCCCUAACUUAUCUGGAUACAGCACAGCAGGAGGUGAAGGCCAGUAUCAUCACUCAGACUGAUCUGCAGAAGCAGUUGCAGUCGAACCUAGAUGCCAAUGCCAAGAUUUUCCAGCAGAACAUAGAGAACAUAGAGAAGCGACUCAAGGCCCUGGGACAAUCCUGA